CGGGACCAGGUCACAGUUGUUCACUUAACUGAUAACAAACAACACAGACCACAAUGUUCAAGCUGGUGGUGUUGUCUUCCGUGCUCGCCCUGGUGGCCGCCAAUCCCUCCGGCCUCGCUCCGUGGGGCGCUUGGGGUAACGGCUGGGGCUUAGGGCUGGCCGCUCCCCUGCUCGGCGCCGCCCAUGGUGCCCUUGCCGCACCCGUCGCUGCGCCCGUCCCCAUUGCUCCCGUAGGGCUCCGUGCAUACAACUACCGGGGACCUAUCUCCCUGGCUCCAGGUCAGCCCGCCAACAUCCUGGCUACUGAUGGCAGACCGCUGGAUACUCUCAGUGUGAACUUGGACCGCUCCGCUCACCUAACCGCUAGAGCUUUGGAACACGCCGGUGGUCAUCUGCUGAGGAAGCGCUCGGCCCCGCUGUUGGCGGCGCCCCUGGCUGCAGCUUGGUCUCACUCUGCACGCCUCGACAUCCCCGCAGGCCGUCUGAUUGCGCCCGCGCCUCUAGCUCUACCUGCUGCUGGACAUCUCGGUUGGGGCGCGCCUCUUGCGCCAUUGGGUUUGGGUGCUUUGGGUCAUGGACUUCCUUUGGCCCACGGUUAAAAAUAUCAUAAUUUGUGUAAAUGUUUGAGCUAAAAGUUUAAAGUAAAAAUAGUUACCUAAAUUCUGUUCCACAUUCUUAACCUUUUCUUAUAGUUGUUUUCGUGAGGUCUUUUAUGUUCAUACUUCCAUUUUCUUCCUGUCUGUUAACUUGCUCAUUAAAUUAAGUGGCAACUGCCAUGUUAUGUUAAUAUUAAGAUUU